AUGGACUCCAGUCCGAGCAAGCUGGCGCAGCAAUUGCCCUCGGCGUCGACGCCCAAGUCGCUCUCGACGCACUCGCAGAAGCCGUCAUUGCUCCCCGCAUUUGGUGAGGACAACUUCUCGUCAUCGCCGUUUCCGCGUCCUGGCUCCUCCAAACGCAAGUUCGAAGAAGACUCGCCUUCGUUCGCGAGACAGCAGCUCAAGUACUACCCUACCCCUGUCCCUACCUCGUCGACUGGUAUCCUCAACUUCUCGUCGCCGCGUCACGUAAGGCCGGUCCUGCAACGCGCCGUGUCUGCCCUCUCUGAGCGGACCCCUCUCGGCGCGGUGCCCACCGUCGACCUCCCCGGGAAUGGAGAAUUGCUCCGUAUGGGAAGGUCAUCCAACUCGGCAGACUAUCAGCUGUCCACCAACCGCCUCAUCUCACGCGUUCACGUCCAAGCCGCGUACCACGUGCCCAAUUCGACCUACCCCCGUGGCCACAUCCAUGUCGAGUGCUUAGGAUGGAAUGGAGCAAAGAUCCACUGCGGUGGCCGCGUAUUCGAGUUGGCGAAGGGAGACACGUACGUCUCGGAAAAUCCAGAAACGGAGAUCAUGUUGGAUGUUCAAGACACCCGUGUCGUGAUUGCUUGGCCUGCCAUCCCAGUAUCAAAGUUCUCGUGGGAGUCUGAGGAAGAGGACAUGCCCACACCCACACGCCGUAACACACAGGGUGCCUUCGACUCUAGUCCUCCUGUCAUUCCCCGUUCUCCAGUCUCGCAGAGCCCGAUGCGUCAACCUGUUUUUGAGGCACUUGGUCCCAACGCCCCGGCUGGUGGUGUUCAGGUGUUCGAGGACGCCGAUGCUCAAGAUGAGGGCUCUACCCUUCUUGACCCAGAGAAGACAUUCAUUCGUCCUACUGUUUCACCCAUUGGCUCGAGCCAGGAGGCCGAUACGAAGGAUACCAAGUCCAGCUUUACGUCAUCAUUCAGCGAGGACGACUACUCUGACAACGACGAGGAAAACGAUCCUGUUGUCCAUUCUUUCGGGCCUUUCGGCCAGAACCUCCUCGGCGGCCUCGAGUCAUUUUCUACUACUACACCUGGCCUUGGAAACACUCCACGACCUCCCCGUGUGCCAUUGGCCUCACCGUCUGCAAAGCGCUCUUCCGUCGAGGCUGUCCGCUUCAAGGAAUCGCCCAUCAAGAACCACGUCAUCAACCAGCUGGCGUACUCUCGCGUCCAUUCCCACCCUCUGUCGACGAUUCAUAGCAACCUUCCUGCUGAGCUCAAAGCUUGCGUCAGCAAGAUCAAGAGCGCUGAGGACCUAGGAGAGCGCAGUGGUUCGACCACACCACUGCCUGAACUGUCGCAGUCUGAUUUGAGGAAGAUCUUGGAACAGACUUCUUGCGUUGGAGAAAUCCCUCGCUCAGGCAAGGAUGCUGCCGGCAAGCCGCUUGAGAGCGAGUUCUACUACAUCCCUGAGAUGGAUCCUGACCAGAUGAGGCGAGAGACUAUCACCGCUGGCAUGCGCAGCACUGGUCUACGCUCUGUCAGGAAGACACACAAGCAAUACUACUGGAAGAAGCCACGCGUAUGA